AUGUCUAACGUCAAAAAUAUUGUUGUUCUUCCCGGUGAUCAUGUUGGUCAGGAAAUCACCGACGAAGCCAUUAAAGUGCUAAACGCCAUCUCCGAAGCGCGCCCAAAUGUCAAGUUUAACUUUGAGCAACACCUAAUCGGUGGGGCUGCUAUUGAUGCCACUGGUGAGCCUUUGCCUGAUGUUUCUUUGGAGGCUGCUAGAAAGUCUGAUGCUGUGUUGCUAGGUGCCGUUGGUGGACCCAAGUGGGGAACUGGCCAAGUCAGACCAGAGCAAGGUCUUCUCAAAAUCCGCAAGGAAUUGCAACUGUACGCCAAUUUGAGACCUUGCAACUUCGCGUCCGAGUCGUUGCUUGAAUUAUCGCCUUUAAAAGCCGAACACGCUCGUGGUACUGACUUUGUCGUCGUCAGAGAAUUAGUUGGAGGUAUCUACUUUGGUGAAAGAAAAGAGGAUGACGGUGACGGUGUGGCCUGGGAUAGUGAGCAGUAUACCGUUCCUGAAGUGCAAAGAAUCACCAGAAUGGCUGCCUUUUUGGCGCUACAACAUAACCCUCCUUUGCCAGUGUGGUCUCUAGACAAGGCUAAUGUCUUGGCUUCAUCCAGAUUGUGGAGGAAAACUGUUGAAAAAACCAUCAAGGAAGAGUUUCCAACCUUGACUGUACAACAUCAACUGAUUGAUUCAGCUGCCAUGAUCUUAGUCAAGAACCCUACUCAAUUGAACGGUGUAAUUAUCACAAACAACAUCUUCGGUGACAUUAUCUCUGACGAAGCUUCCGUGAUUCCAGGUUCUUUGGGUCUGUUGCCUUCAGCCUCUUUGGCUUCCUUGCCAGACACGAACACUGCCUUUGGAUUGUAUGAGCCAUGUCACGGUUCCGCACCGGACUUACCAAAGGGCAAAGUCAACCCAAUUGCUACUAUUUUAUCAGCGGCCAUGAUGUUGAAACUCUCCUUGAACCUUUUCGAAGAAGGUGCCGCUGUUGAAGAAGCUGUUAGAAAAGUCUUGGAUUCAGGAAUCAGAACUGGUGACUUGAGGGGAACAAGCUCUACUACGGAGGUUGGUGACGCCGUUGCUAAAGCUGUUAAGGAAAUUCUAGCAUAA